AUGGGUAAAACUGACGACCGGCCAGCAUAUCUCAGCUCCGAUGAUGCCAAAUAUUCCCUGGGUAUUCAUCGCGGCCCAUUAGUCUCAAAAAAUGACAAUGGCGCCCAACUCGCCCAGGUCGAAUCCGCUGGCGGUCUUUCAUUAGAGACGAGGAAGUUGAAAGCCAGCGAGAAGUUCCAGCGCCAUUGGAAGCGAUUCUGGUGUCUGCAUUUGUUUGUCACAAUCAUCUUCCUGGCGAUUUUCCUACCAGUCUUCUUCCUGGUCGCCAUUCCAGCCAUCUCACAGAUGGUCGUGAAUAAGUCCGAUUUAGUCCUGGUGAAUGCGGCAGUUCUAAAUCCGCGACCGGACAUGAUCUCAUUGACACUGCAGUCAGCGCUGAACCUCAAGAUUGCGCUGCCUGUGCGCAUCGAGCCAAUCACCUUGGAUCUGUUUGUUCGCGAUACGGGAGCAAGCAAUGCCUGGGCUAAUGCGACUAUCGAUGGAAAGGUCAUUAAGGGAAAUUCCACGCUUGGUGUGAGCAAAGUCGAAACGCCAUUGACCAACCUGACCACGUGGGUCGAAUACGUGCACAACGUUGUCAACAAGAAAGACACUGCUCUAUCCGUCAGGGGUACCACGAAUUCUUACCUGGGAGUCCUCAAGUCCAAGGUCACUAUGGACAAGGACAUCGUGUCACCAGUCUUGGACCAAUUUAAAGGGUUCUCUGUCACCGACACAGGACUGGUCAGUAAGCGAGAGGAUGGCACAAACCUCGUUGGCAACGCCACGCUCCCCAAUCACUCCCUCCUCACCUUAGAUCUGGGCACGAUUGUCCUGGACGUGAAAAGUGGCGGUCUCACCAUCGGCAAUGCAACUUUGAAGGAUGUCACGAUUUAUCCCGGCAACAACACUUUCCCCCUAACCGGCGUGCUAGACCUGUCAACCAUCAUCCACAACUUGGGUAAGGUCCUCGCAUCACAAGCCGCGAAUCUCAAGACAGGCAAUCUUGCCCUGGACACAAUCACCAGGUCCAUCACCUGGAACGGAACAUUGGUUCCCUACUAUACCGAAGUGAUGUCCGGGCUCACGUUGACCGCCAACCUGGCCAUCGCCGAUCUCCUCAAGAACUCCAUCCACAAUCUCCUCAGCGGCAACAGCAGCAUCACCGAUGCGCUACACAGCGUUGGCGGGCUGAGUGGGCUAGUGGGUAAUUUGACGGAUAGCGAAGGUGCAAGUAACACAGCCAGUGCAGCGUUGGCAGAGAGUUCGAAAAUCGAUGCUCUCAAGUCGAAGUUGAAGACCAAUGUCGCUGUGCGAGAUAUCUUCAAGGAUCAUCCUGUGCAAAAGAGGGACAUGAUCGUCGACUCUUUAGCAGGAAUGUAUGUGAAGUUGUGA